AAAUUGGUUGCAUGUGCGAGAUGUGUUAAAAAAGAACAGAGUAUCUUUUCCCACUUUUCUGGCAUGCACCGGUAGCGUAGUGUCACGUAGCAGCCUUGUCACCUGCUCUGCCAGGGACCGACUGCUUGGUGGCUCCACCUUGAGGUUUUUGUCGCUGAUUCGAUUUUGGCAGUUGCGGUGCUCUGUGAUGGGAAAUGCCAGUGUGGAGAGUAGCAAAAACUUCGCGACUUACGAAAAUUUCAGGGAUGGUGGGGAGGAUUACUUGUUGAAAUUCGAAGUGGUGAAUGCAUUUAUUUCAUUUUGGAACAGGAAGGUGUAUCAAUUCUGCGCUAUCGAGAAAGUGGCUUACAACGAGCCACUCAAGGAAGAGUUUGGCAACGAGGAGGAUGGAUUCUGGUCUGAAGUUCCCAUGGAAGAGUUACAUCUAUUGGAAGUCCGGAGCGUGCGUAAGUUCGAGAAAGAGUUCUGUCUCCUUCAAUGCUGCGGCAGUUACGUUUCCCUCGACCUGGAUGCAGACCUCUAGCACCCGAAGGAAAUUUGGUAAAAGUUUGCGGAUAAGACACUUGCCGCGAUUGCGCCUCGGAUCAUCUGGUUCAUGGCCUCAGUUUCGGCAAAAUGCAGCUGUUCCGAAGACAUUACGUAUGCGCAGCAAAAUGUCAGCAGCUGACGCAGGAGGUAGUAUUAGCCUGCGUGCAGAUGCAAAUAUGGAGGCAGAGCACUCACAGGAAAAUGAGCGAGAUUCUGAUUCCUCUGAAUUCACAUCCGAGGUGACAGAAGAGGCGGUAGAGGACGUGACAGAAUUCCAGUUAUCCGGCGAUGAGAUAGAGUUGAAGGAAAUCGGAACCUCUCUUUUUUCAAUCAAAACAGGAAAGAAGAUCAUAAUGAAGAUUAGAGAUGCUGGCAUGCAGUUUGUUGUGAACAACGUUCAGGGAGUGAUUGGCUUACUGAAAAUUGGUCAAAACCAGUCGGAGCCGGUGGUACUACAGCUACGUACUUCCAUGAUCGAAAAGCAAGAUGGAGUGGAAGCCGUGCACCAAUGGUCAGCCACAGAGCUUACAAUGCAACAUGUUCAGCUAGCACGCAUCGCCAUCGACAUCAAAUACCUAGUGUUUGCAUUUACGUUCUUCGGCUUGGUUCGCAUAUUAGAGACAACUGUGGCUGUCUUUUCUACCAAUGCACCUGCGUUGAGGAAAAUGAUGCAAUCGCUCUAUGCUUUGGAUUACCUUGUGAUUUCAUGGUUGGCAUUCAAUCUAAGGAAGCCGAUUAUCAGCAUGCUGCAAGUGGAUCCCACAGAUUUGAAGAGGGUGGCCAUUUUGAAGGUUCAAGUGUGGGAAGAGCUUCAUGCCUUUUUUGCCCGACAAUGGAAAGUGAUGACGGCGGUUGCUGUGGCAAGAUUUCUGGGCAUAGUCGCAAAUUACGUCCCUUCAUUCCAAUGGAUGACCAACCAUGUUAAGAUCGCCUGGGAUAUGUUGAUGGCUGUUCCACCGUUUUAGGUUCUCCUCCAUCUACUAAAUGAAUAGGUAACAGGUUGUGUGUAAAAUUUGAAAUUGGACGCCAUUUCCUCUCUGAAGCAGACCUGCUCGCAUAUUAAGAUACACUGAGAUGGUCUUCAGCUACAAUGACCUAAUUCCUUUUUGGAAAACUCGACCAUGAGAGUUUUAAGUGCUGAUGCAAUACCUUGAGAGAUUGUGUCCACCCUGACAUAUGAGCAUAGUAUUGUCUUAUGGAAUUUGAGACCUUUGCAAUUUGAUUGAAUUGUGUGAAAACUCAAUUACUAGCAAUUUUCUGCUA